AUGACUUUAUGUGGCUUCCCUGUUCCACAGGUGGUUCCCAAGAAAUUGGACAUGUCUCCUGCUGCAGUGGACGACAUGUACACAGAAUGUCGGGAUAAAAUGCUGAAGACCGUUAUAGAAAAAAACGGACUUUUGGAGAAGGAAAUAAAAGAAAACAAAGAAUUUCGAGAACAGUGGAGUAGUAUAAAGGGGGAAUGUAACCCACUGAUCUCUGGUGUAAAACCACAACACAUGUUAGCAUUGAGGACCUUUGGAGAAGCCAGAGACACGUUCCGUGAAAACUUCAAUAAGUUUGUGGAGAACAAAGGAAUAAAUGAAAGCAUCUACACCGACGAGUUUCCAUUCAAAUCCCUUCAUUUCUUGCUCAUGGAUGCGCUGCGUCUCUAUAACACUUCAAAUUGUUCGACUGUGUUCUACGGGACGGAGAAAAAGUACAGCGCAGACAAGGGGGACGUGGUACGACUGGGCAGAUUUCUCUCAGUUAACAGGGAACGAACUGAUGCAGUUAACAAGUGUGUAGAGGGUGGUUCCCUCUUCAUCAUAACAUCCUGCUCUUCCAUCGACCUGGAGAAGCAUGCGUGUCUGACUGAAGAAGACGAGCUGCUUCUGUCUCCAACCGAGGUGUUCAAAGUUGAAGAGGUCAGAAGUGCCCCUGGUGAUGACGAAUCAUGUGAUAAAGAGAUUAUUUUAACACACGAAGGAUUUCAAAGCAACCACGACUGUUACCUUUUUUCCGCUUCCAGGCUUCUGGGAGGCCUAGAACUGUACACGUCCUCUCCUCCCAACAUCACUCUUCAGGAAAACGUUUCUCUAUCGGAAACAGAUGUGUUGUCGAACAGCGAGUUCGGGAUUGCUGAGCGUGUGUCUGAACUGACUGUUGGCUGUCAUCAGGAUUACAUCAACCAGGGGUCUUGGCAUCGUUUCAGAGACAGCUUGAUUCGCUAA